GUUCUUUGCCAGCCUAAAUAGGUUCUUAUAUAUUUGGGUAUUAAAAUGCCCAAUUUCAGCCUGUAGGUUCUUAAAUCACUAGGUUCUUAUACGCGGGUGUUUACUGUACUCUAUCUGUGGGCACGUGUGGGCUGACAGGCCGACUGACCUUGGAGGAUUAAGUAUCUUCAAGCAAUACCUUUUACACGACUCCCACCAAGGUCUUGUGCUACCAAUGAAACACUCGACUUUCAAGAACUAACGUCAAAACAGGAAGUUUAGUGGAGAUUCUACGCAGGGUCAGCGGACAAACCCCAAGCAACAACACCCAUGGAGUUUAUUUUUCGAGAAUUAUACGAUUUAUCCACGGUCACGGUCAAGGGCGAAAAAACUUGCAGGCAAAAACUACAUGGAAGAUUCAUGUGUUUCCAUGCGGGCCCUUGAAACUCCAAACUAAAUAAUUAUUAGCCCGUGAAGCUAAAACGAACGCAAUCCCAAAAACAUACAUCGAACUCAGCUGACAACUGACAAGUCACAAAAGUAGUUUGAUUGACAGAUGACGAUGGCGUUGCUUCAUAUCAAAACAUGCUGUCAGUCGUGAGUGAUAUUAAUAGAGAUAAUGCCUGUAUAUUAAGACUUAAAAAUCCAUUUAAACAGCCACUUCCAUAACUACGGUAGAGAAGAGGAAGCAUUUCAACAAGAAUACUCCAGGGCAGGAGAAGAGAAGACCCGACACUGAAAUCAAAACGAAGCUCAAUCUAAAUUCAAGGCAUAAAUCAUUUCAAGCAUCUCGCGAGAUCACAGAAAAAAGCCGCUACUGAACGCAGCUGUCCACGCUAGACGAUCUGACAGUGAAGAAACUGAAAUUAUUAAAAUGGAGAACUUGAACGCUACCGGAAAUUUAACGAAAAACGACGGAAACCAUUCGAAUGGAAUGGAACCAGAGGAGUUACUGCACCAAACACAAGCCGGAAAGGCAAUUAUCGUGUUCUUAGCAUUGCAAGGCGUCCUGAUAAUCUGUGCGAAUUCCCUAGUGUUCCAGUUGUUUGCCAGCACCCGUUAUUUACGAACAAAGACAAACUACUGUUUAGUAAGCCUGGCGGUGAGUGACUUUAUGGCGGGGAGUGUUUCUCUGCCAUUAGUGCUUGUUUGUUCCGCGACUCUUUCCCGGCCCGUUUGCACCAGUAUGGAUCUGUUUCACCGCUUCCAAUCGAUUUCAACAAUCCUCCACCUGUUGGUUGCCACAUGCGAACGCUAUUUUAAGAUUAAGAGACCGUUUAAGUAUAACAUCCUGGUGACAAAGCAGCGAGUGGUGAUUCUGUUAGCCGGUGUGUGGAUCUUCUCUUUAAGCGCUUCGUUUGUUCAGCUUACUUGGAUUACAGGAAACCUGGACGAUGAAACGCUGACUGAGUUCGAUUCCGGCUACACUGCUUUCUGUUUAGUUGCACUAGCUUUCAUACCGUUUUUCGUCAUUGCUUGUAUCGAUGGCCACAUCUUUUACUUCAUCCAUAAGGAAAAGAAAAUGCGACGCGCGUUAACUCAAGGAACAGUGCUUCAGAAACAGGAAAGGCAGAAGAGGAAACAAAAUGAUUGCAAAGCGCUGAUAAUUUACGCGGUUAUGGCCGUCACGUUUGUGCUUGGAUGGUUCCCAUACUUCAUAAUCUCCUUACUAUCAGAUUUAAGUUUCGACAUGCAUGUUCCUUUUACCGUGGAAAUAAUCUUACUGUUUUUGAAAUUAAGCACAGCGCUAAUCAACCCACUGCUAUACACAUUUUUUAAGACGGACUUUCGAAAAGCACUUCAGGCCAUGCUAGAAAGAGAUAACAGUUCAGAUGGAAGCAACGAAUUAAUAACCACGACAGUUUAAUUAAAUAACACAAAUCAAACACUGCUACGAGGAACGGAAACAAGCAAACUUUUUGAGCCGUUCAAUUAUUCCAUUUUUUGUUAACAAGAUUAAUACAGUUUUUGGUUUAUACAUUGUUCCCUGAUUAUAACAAAUUAAGAUCUCGCAUAAUCAUAGUGUUAACACUGCUGAUCUCCAACAGAUGGUAACGAAUAGCAGUUGUGAAAUUCUAAGUUUCAAAGAAUAAAUUAAACAUGGUUUCUGUUACCUGACAGAGUUAUGGUGUGGCUUGUACAAUCCUGUUGGUCUCUAUCAAUCCAAUUAUGAUGGAAACAUCUUACUCACAUUUAGAUCUUUUUUCAUAUUCACAUUAUAGCAAACCAUCGUUUUAUAAAGACUCUCUUUGAGCGGAAAGUAAUUUUGUUUCUGCAUCCAAAUUGAUGUUUACGUCAAUUACAAACUUUGUUUCAAAACAUGAUAUAUUGAUCACGAGCCGCACAGCCUAGGAACGCCUCAACUCUUUUGUCUUGCAUAUACGCGAUAUUCGUUUUAUUCAAGUUUGGAAAAUGAACGAUAAGGUGCUCAAAAGAACCAUAUCUCUACCUUCAACAUGAGUGGCAAAGAUCAAGAUUAAAAUAGGAUAUUUUCUCAUAAUCAAUAACAAAAAGAGGUUUCUUCACUGGCAGAGUAUCACUACAUUGUUUCUUGAAAAAUUUAACACUCAAGACAGAUGGAACUUGCAUUAAAAAACACGAUACAUCUACUGUUGUUAGUAGCUUCUCCUUGCUCGAAGAAAUUAACCUAUACACUUCUUAUAGUAAGGAAAACUGUGAAAUUUAUCUCCCUCUGUACGAGCAUUUAGGCAAGGCCUUUUUCAACAAACGAAUAUUUAACCACAGACUAAACUGCAACACCAGCUGUUGCCCCAACUGUGCAAGAUACAUUUAGUUGAAUCAACAAAAAGACA